GAGUUUCCGGUGUGACGUCACCACAGUCCGGUGUGUAACUCCAUGGCGGCUGAUGAAAGAUGGUAUUUUACAAGGGAGGAAUUAAACAAUUCACCCAGCCGAAGAUGCGGAAUAGACGCAGAGAAGGAAUUAAGUUAUCGCCAACAAGCUGCACAUUACAUACAAGACAUGGGCCAGCGGUUGCAAGUUAACCAACUGGCAAUCAACACUGCCAUUGUCUACAUGCAUCGGUUUUAUAUGUAUCAUUCAUUCACCCGUUUUCAUCGUAAUGCUAUAGCACCAGCUGUACUGUUCCUUGCUGCAAAAGUGGAGGAACAACCCAGAAAAUUAGAACAUGUGAUCAAAGUAGCUUACCAUUGCUUGAACCGUGAUCAGCCGGCUUUGGACACCCAGUCUGAGAUUUAUUUAGAAAAAGCCCAGGAGUUGGUGGUCAACGAGAAUAUUUUACUGCAAACAUUGGGCUUUGACGUCGCAAUAGACCACCCCCAUUCCCAUGUGGUCAGAUGUUGUCAGCUCGUUCGCGCCACCAAAGAUCUGGCCCAAACCUCAUAUUUUAUGGCCACUUCCAGUCUUCACAUGACCACGAUGUGUCUCCAGUACAAGCCGACUGUAGUUGCCUGUGUUUGUAUAUAUAUUGUUUGCACAUGGAGCCAUUAUGAGAUUCAGUCGGUCUCAGAAGGAAAAGACUGGUUUUGGUACGUAGACAAGACCGUCACCCAUGAACUUCUGGAGACGUUAACAGCAGAGUUCCUUGCUAUCUUAGACAAGUUUCCUAGCCGGUUGAAGAAAGUAAUGAAUGCUACGCAGCAUUCAGAGGACAGAGCUAAGAGUAGCCAGGCUGUGUCUUCAUCAACUGGUUCAUCACGGUCAAGCUUGGCUGUUGGCACCUCAUCAUCUAUAUCGUCAAGAAGCCAUGAUCAUAACUCGCAUGCCAAACCUGGUGUCAAGGGGCAACCUCCUCAGCCCCAUCAGCACCAACAGCCCCAAAAGUACAACUUGAAGGAAUACAAUGAGAAGCGGGAAAAGGAACGCCGGGAAAGAGAAAAAAUGCGUGACCGGGAUCUUGUUGAUCCUCGUGACAGCAAGCAGUUCACUCUUGUAGCAACGUCUCAUUCAUCCCAUUCAGCACCUCCAUCAACUGUUCAGACAAUUGCUUCAUCCCAUGCUAAUUUGCAUCCAUCAAUCCCUAUGCGAUCAAAGAGUGGAAAAAGCAGCAUGGGAAGGAGUAGUCAUCCUGAACCAGUGAAAUCCACGGGUAGUAACCAUAAAGCUCACAGUCAUGGAGUGAGCCUGUCAUCACGAGACAGUCAGCAGCCAAUAGACCCCUUAAGAAUUCCUUCUGAGGCCUCCAGAUCCGAUCAACGGAGGGAUGUAAUGCGUAGUGAUAGUGAAAGAUAUGAUAAAUCUAGUAGGACUAGUAGUAGUAAUAGUAAUAGUGUUGUAGAUAAUCGGGUGGCAGGACAUGAUGUUAAGCCUAGUGUGUCUGAUUUAAGACAACAGCACAUGUUGGACAUAAAACCAUCUAGACAGUCUUUAGAUUCAGCAGUGGAUAGAAAAAGUUGUGUUAAAAUUGAAGCAAAAGUUACAGAACGUAAACCUCCAGAGAUUAAACAAGAGCAAGUGAAAGUGAAAAAUGAAAUGAAGUCUGAAGUGAAAGCUGAACCAAAGGAGGAUGUGAAACCACAGUACAAUACUAUAUUCAAUAAUAGUGACAUGCCUGAAUUUACACUCAAUGAUUUUUUGAAUGAUAGUUCUUUCUUGAAUUUAAGUGAUGGUCCACCUGAAGACCUGUUUGAUAAUUCAGACUCUGAAAGUAAAACUGACAUACCAGGGUUGAUUGAUAAAAAUCUAGUGCCCCAGACAUCUCAUCCAAAGCUUAAUAAAUCACCCCAUUUACGAACCAGGUCACCUCAUUCCUGUCACCAACAACAAAGCAGUAAUCACGGCCAGCUGCCAACAAGUCAUGGUGCUGUGACUAGUAAUGCUGAGCAACGGGUAUCAGAAAGUUCUGGUGUAAGCACAUCAAACUAUCAUAAUUCACGGCACCAUCACAGUGCCACAAAUGGCUCAGUACCUGCCUUUCAGCCACAAGUUACUUCACAGCAGCAAUCAAAAAGCUCUAGCAGUAGUAGUAAUAGUAGUAGAAGGUCCAGAGACAGUGAAAGGAAGAAUAGUGAAAGAACAGAAGCCGAAUUAGUACCAAUGGUGACAAAAUUAGAGGAUACAAAGUACCGAACAGCUCUAAAUGAUCCUGCUACUCCUGUCAAAGUCUGGGGUGAACAAGCUGCAUUGGCUGCUCAGGCAUCUGCAGCUGCUGCACCCACUGCUGCAGCUGCCACAACUACUGCCACUACCACAACUGUUGGUCCUUCUGUUGCUACUAGUGUAGCACCCUCAUCUACUGGAGCUUCAACUGCCCCUGUAGCUGCUGCUGCUGCUGUUGCUGCUGCUAAUCCAGCUCCUCCAGCUCCUAGCUCUACUGCAAAUACUACCUCCAAAGCACCUCCAGUUCCACAUUCUGUACCAGCAGUGGCAUCAUCAGAUCAAACACAGUGGAAGAAUAGUCAGCCACCUACAGUUUUGAAUCUCAAAAGGCCAAGAGCAGAAGUGGUAAAAGAACCGGAGGCAGAUCAGUCUGGUAAAAAGGUUAAAUAUGAACAUGGCCAUCAUAAACAUAAGGAGAAGAAGAAGCAUAAACACAAAGAAAAAGACAAAAAUAAGGAUAGAGAACAUAAAGAACAUAAGGAGCACAAGAAAGAUAAAAAGCACAAAAAACGGAAAGAUAAAGAUAAGGAUCGAGAUAAAGAACGUAGUAGACCCAAUGAAGAGGUUGGUGGUAGUGCUCCAAUCAGAAUUACUAUUGCCAAGGAUAAGGUCCUUUACACUCCAGAACCAGCGGCCCCCUUACGGGUCAAUGCUUCUGCAGCACCUGCUGCAGCAACUGCACUUCCAGGUAGCACACCUGGAAUCCCAAAGUUCAAGAUACAAAAAAAUCGCAUAAAGCCUGACCUUUUCGGUAGCACUUCUACUUCACCGGAGAGCAGCCCAGCUGGCGACUUGAAGGACACACCCACUGCCCCUUUAAAGAUAAGGAUCAGUCGGGAUCGGAUAUGUUCUGACAAGGAGUCCAAGAAGCGUAGGAGAGACCACAGUCCAGGAGGUGACCUUCACAUGAGCAAGAUGUCCCGCAACGGAAGCGAUGCUCUGUCCUCUCACAAUUCCCCUCAGGUACCCAUAAAGGACUUGGAUCCCAGUAGGUGGAGCUCUCAAAGGCAGUAGUACUGGCAGACAAUUGUUGUAGGCAAUUUGACCUGACAUGACCUGACCUUGGCCAUCCUGACCGUACAUGAGCUGGUGUCAUGUUCUCCCACCUUGCUUAACCUUAUUAUGCUCCCUCCUUGUAGCAUUUAUUUUACAAGGCCAAGGUUUCCACAUGACACACACUGUUUUUGAUUGAUAGAAAAUUAACUUCAAUGAUGAAAAAAUAAAGUAACUUCCCCAUGGUUAGGUGGAGUGAGUGGUGUGGGCCAGCUCUGGGAAUGGUCAGGCAUUUUGGGAGGGUGGGGAGAGCUAUGCUGGUGGUGGGUGCAGGUGGUGGUCGAACACAGCCUUUUACAUGUAGUGUUCUACUUCUUGUCUGCUUAGUUGGGGUUGCUCUGAAGUGUUGUGUAAUGUGUAUAGUCUUGUCUCUUGUGGUACCGUACAGGUCCAUUGCAGGCAGUUGCAAGUUACAAAAAAAAAAAUAAAUAAAUAAAAUAAAAUAAAAAAAUAUUACAGUACAGUAUAACAUAGGCACGUCAUUGUAGACACAUGCCAGAGUAUGCGGGUGGUUAAUACCUCCCUAGUCCUCCCCACCUGUCCUCUGCCACUCACUCUCCCCCACACCCCCAUCACCUGCAUCAACCAGCUUGGAUAGCAUCUCAAUUGACCAGGAUGUCAGGCUUACUACUACUCCAUGGAUUGCCAGUACUCUCAAACUUAAAUACUGAAGAGGUCCGAGAGCCUUGGUUGGGGGGGUCGUUGCUGCCAUGCCCCAACUGCUGCCGCUGCUGCCUCCUCCUCCUCCUCCUCCUGACGCUGCUGCUGCUGCUGCUCCUCCUCAAUUUCCACCUACUCCUCACUGUGGUGUGUCCACGCUUAAAGGAGAGGUCAUCUGGUCAUCGGCUGUGAUGCGUUGCCACCAUCGCCCUUUGCUGCUGCUGCGCUGCACUGCUGCUGCGGCUGUGGUUGUGACAUAAUGUCUAUUUACUUUUUAUUUUAACUUCAUUCAUCUCUUUCCUUUCUAUGUAUUUGGAUAUCAUUUAUACUUAUAGAAAGUGUAUAAAGAAUUAAUUGUUUUGUGGUACUUAUACCAUGAAGUUGUGAGUGGGUGAAGUCUUUAUUAAUCAUUUUUCUUCUCUAUGAGAAGAUAUAUUGGCCAUGAAGUACAUUUUUCUCAUUACUACUACCACUUGUCUAUUGUGACUAUGGCAUUGUUUUUGAUUCACUUGCCUCCUCAGGUAAAUCAGUAGUGAAUGCAAGUCAUCUUUGCCCCUUCAUAACAUAUAAUAAUUAUAUAUUUAUUUCUGUAAAGUUGUUGUUUGACUGGACCGAAAUUUUCAUCAUUCAGAAAAAAAUAUUCACGUUGCUCAAUGCUUUUUGUGAUUAAUUCUUGACAAAAUCAUGUAUUAGUUUUUGUAUAGGAAUUGUACAAAGUAAACAAUGUUUUUGUAAACCAA